AUGGUUGACUAUAUUGUGGAGUAUGACUAUGAUGCUGUACAUGAUGAUGAAUUAACUAUUCGAGUUGGGGAGAUCAUCCGGAAUGUGAAAAAACUACAGGAGGAAGGAUGGCUAGAAGGAGAACUAAAUGGGAGAAGAGGAAUGUUUCCUGAUAAUUUUGUUAAGGAAAUUAAGAGAGAAACAGAAUCCAAGGAUGACAAUUUGCCCAUUAGACGGGAAAGGCAUGGGAAUGUAGCAAGUCUUGUACAACGAAUAAGCACCUAUGGACUUCCAGCUGGAGGAAUUCAGCCACAUCCACCAACUAAAAACAUUAAGAAAAAGAUCAAGAAGCGGCAAUGUAAGGUUCUCUUUGAGUACAUUCCACAAAAUGAUGAUGAACUGGAGUUGAAAGUGGGAGAUAUUAUUGAUAUUAAUGACGAGGUAGAAGAAGGCUGGUGGAGUGGAACCCUGAACAAUAAGUUGGGACUGUUUCCCUCAAAUUUUGUGAAAGAAUUAGAGAUAACAGAUGAUGGUGAAACUCAUGAAGCCCAGGAGGAUUCAGAAACUGUUUGGACGGGGCCCACCUUGUCUUUCCCAUCUCAGGGGAAUGGGAAUGAAACUUCGCCUGGAUCAGUGACACAGCCAAAGAAAAUUCGAGGGAUUGGAUUUGGAGAUAUUUUUAAAGAAGGCUCUGUGAAACUUAGGACAAGAGCAUCCAGUAGUGAAACAGAAGAGAAAAAAUCAGAAAAGCCCUCAAUCAUACAAUCACUAGGAUCCAGAACUCAGAACACGGAGAUAACAAAAGCAGACACGGAAGGUAAAACAAAAGCUAAGGACUAUUGCAGAGCAUUAUUUGCCUAUGAAGGUACUAAUGAAGAUGAACUUACUUUUAAAGAGGGGGACAUAAUCCACUUGAUAAGUAAGGAGACUGGAGAAGCUGGCUGGUGGAAGGGUGAACUUAAUGGUAAAGAAGGAGUAUUUCCGGACAAUUUUGCUGUUCAGAUAAAUGAACUGGAUAAGGACUUUCCAAAACCAAAGAAACCACCACCUCCUGCCAAGGGUCCAGCCCCAAAGCCUGAGCUGCUAUCUACAGAGAAAAAGUAUUUUCCUGUAAAGCCUGAAGAAAGAGAUGAGAAAUCCAUUCUGGACCAGAAACCUUCUAAACCAGCUGCUCCACAAGUCCCACCCAAGAAGCCUACUCCACCCACCAAAGCCAAUAAUUUAUUGAGAUCUUCUGGAACAGUGUACCCAAAGCGACCUGAGAAACCAGUUCCUCCACUACCACCUGUAGCCAGAAUUAAUGGGGAAGUGCCUGCCAUUUCAUCAAAAUUUGAAACUGAACCAGUAUCAAAACCAAAGUUAGAUUCUGAACAGUCACCACUUAGACCAAAAUCAGUAGAUCUAGAUUCAUUUACAGUUAGGAGCUUUAAAGAAACAGAUAUUGUGAAUUUUGAUGACAUAGCUUCCUCAGAAAACUUACUACAUCUCACUGCAAACAGACCGAAGAUGCCUGGAAGAAGGUUGCCUGGCCGCUUCAAUGGCGGGCAUUCUCCAACUCAAAGCCCAGAGAAAAUCUUGAAGUCACCCAAAGAAGAAGAUAGUGCCAACAUAAAGCCAUCUGAAUUUAAAAAGGAUUCUUGCGACUCUCCAAAGCCAUCUCUGUACCUUUCGACACCUUCAAGUCCUUCAAAACCAAAUGCAGCUAGUUUUUUAACGCCAUUAGAAAUCAAAGCUAAAUUAGAAGCAGACGAUGGGAAAAAAAAUUCCCUGGAUGAAAUUAAAGCUGAGAUGAUUGAGCUGCUGUGCAUUGUGGAAGCACUGAAAAAAGAGCACGGGAAAGAACUGGAAAAACUACGAAAAGAUUUGGAAGAAGAGAAGGCAAUGAGAAGUAAUCUAGAGGUAGAAAUAGAGAAGCUGAAAAAAGCUGUCCUGACUUCUUGA